UUAGACAACACUCGCGAAUAAUAGCCUGGAAAGACAUAACACGAGCUGAAUUAUUAACAUUCCUUGGGUUAGUUCUUCACACAGGUACAAUCCGGCUAAACCGACUCAGCGAUUACUGGAAAAAGCAUUGGUUAUUUAAUAUACCUUGUUUUGCACAAUAUAUGUCACGUAACCGUUUUAUGAUAAUAUUGCGUUGCCUCCAUUUUUCAUCUGAAACAAAUGAAGAAGAUCGACUGGCCAAAAUUCGUCCGAUAUUAGAUCAUUUUAACAACCGAAUGAAUAAAAUUUAUUACCCAGGCAAACAGCUUUCUCUGGAUGAAUCGGUGGUGUUAUGGCGUGGACGUCUCCAGUUUAGGCAAUAUAUUAAAAAUAAGCGCCAUAAGUAUGGCGUAAAGUUAUACAUACUUGCAGAAUCAGAUGGCACAGUCCUCAAAUUUCAAAUAUACGGUGGUGCAGGUGAUGAUACGUCCGGAAUAGGACACACUCAAAAAAUAGUUUUAAAGCUACUGGAAGAGAAAUUGGACUCGGGACACAGUGUCUAUAUGGACAAUUAUUAUAACUCGUACGAUUUAGCUGUCAAAUUAUUAAAUCGCCAAACUUACUGUACGGGUACUUUAAAUAAAAAUCGAAAAGGUAAUCCAAUAGAACUUGGUACUGUCACGUUGCGUAAAGGAGAAAAUAAGUCUUUGUUUUUAAAUGGUGUACAUAUAGGUAAAUGGAAAGAUAAGCGAAACGUGCUUUAUAUAUCGACAGAGCACGACAAUGAGAUGAUGGAAGUCACAAAUAAAAGAGGCGCUGUUCUCGUAAAACCAUCAGCAAUUAUACAUUACAACAAUUUUAUGUCUGGUGUGGAUCUGCAAGAUCAAAUACUUUCUUAUUACCCUUGUGAAAGAAAAACCAUGCGAUGGUACAAAAAGAUAUUCUUCCACACACUGCAGAUGAGUUUAAGUAAUGCGUUCCUUUUAUAUAAUAAAUAUAGUAUAAAUAGCAAAAUAUAUUUGUAUGAUUUCCGUUUACAUAUUUUGGAAAAACUGUUACCAAAACCACCACAAACAGCAGAAAAAAUGUCAACUAAACAUAUUUUAACCAAAAUUGAGAACGUUAAGACGCGCCAAAAAAAAGAGGGUAACAAGACGAGAACUAUCACAGAAGUAGUAAGAAAAGAAUGUAAAAGUUGCAGAGAAAAGAAGAACCGAGUUGCUACUUUAUAUGAAUGUAAGAGCUGCAUUGGAAAACCAGGCUUUUGCAUAGAGUGCUUCUUUGAAGUACAUUUAUAAUUUUAUUAUUUUUUGUUACAAUUGUUUGUUUUUUUUAUCUGCAAUUAUACUUAUGGUGAUUA